AUGGAUGAAUGCCAAAACAAUACAAUAAGAGGCUUUCACAUUAUGGGGUUCACUACUUCUGGAACUGGAACUUAUCUUAAAUUUGCUGGAUUUUUGUUGAUGUAUGUAAUAGCAGUGACAGGAAAUUUGCUUAUUGCCUUGUUGGUCUGCAAGACACCUCAACUGCACACCCCUAUGUAUUUCUUCUUGUUGAAUCUAUCAAUUGUAGAUGCCACAUAUGUAUCUGCCAUUCUUCCAAAGCUUUUAUCCCUUACUUUAACAGAUUAUAGGGAGAUCUCCUUUGAGGGCUGUAUCACCCAGUUGUAUUUCUUUGUAUUCUGUGCUGAUGCAGAGAUUUGUAUUCUGCUUUGUAUGGCCUAUGAUCGAUACGUUGCUAUUUGUUCUCCAUUGCACUAUUCAAUGAUAAUGAGAAAAAAGUGUAUGUGCUGUGAUGUCUGGUUGCUCACUUGUUGCCAGUGUCUUGAAUUCAUUACUCUUAACUUUACUUACAUCUACACUAUCCUUCUGCUACUCUCACAAUAUCAGCCAUUUCUUUUGUGA